AAGAAAAAGUUGCAGUAAAAUUUGAAAAACAAAGCGCAAAGAUGGGGAGCGAAGAGGAGAGCGCCGUCAAGGAGCCUUUGGACCUCAUUCGUCUCAGCCUCGACGAGCGCAUCUACGUCAAGCUCCGCCACGACCGCGAGCUCCGUGGAAGGCUCCAUGCUUAUGACCAGCAUUUGAACAUGAUUCUGGGUGAUGUUGAAGAGAUUGUUACCACAGUGGAGAUUGAUGAUGAAACAUAUGAGGAAAUUGUCAGGACCACAAAACGUACAGUUCCGUUCUUAUUUGUCCGAGGAGAUGGUGUCAUUUUGGUCUCACCUCCACUUAGAACAGCCUGACAUCGAAGAUAUGCCAGAUUUUGAAGGCCUAAAGCAAAAGGUUUCCAUACAGUUAUUUUUUGCACUCCAACAAAUUGGCUGGAUUUGUUGUGCAUUCGAGGUUACGGUUGAAAAUGCUUUUUAUCAUUUUUGGUCCAUUUCUGUUCUCAUUUUAAAAGAGAAACAUGAUUGGAGGGCAGGAUUGUAAACAAACUCGGUGGUUAUAAAAUUAUUAAUUUUAUUUAA